AUGAGGAGCUCCCCCUUUCCCUCGCGGCCUCUGCCACUACCGUUGCUGUUGCUGCUGUCGCCUUGGCCAGCCUGGGCUCAGACCCCCGCCGCGCCCUCGCCGUCGGGGACCCCGGGCCUCCCAGCCUGCCCCGAGGCGUGCUCGUGUGCACCGGGCGGCCAGACCAACUGCUCGGCCCUCGCGCUGCCCGCCGUGCCCGCGGGCCUGGGCCGGCGCGUGCGCGCGCUGCUGCUGGACCACAACCGCGUGCGCGCGCUGCCGCCUGGCGCCUUCGCGGGCGCAUGCGCGCUGCUGCGCCUGGACCUGCGCGAGAACGGGCUGCGCUCGGUGCACGCGCGGGCCUUCUGGGGUCUGGACGCGCUGCAGCAGCUCGACCUGAGCGCCAACCAGCUGGAAGCGCUGGCGCCCGGCACCUUCGCGCCGCUGCGCGCGCUGCGGUCCCUGUCGCUGGCCGGCAACCGGCUGGCGCGCUUGGAGCCCGCGGCGCUGGGCGCGCUCCCGCUGCUGCGCGCGCUCAGCCUGCAGGACAACGCGCUGGCGGCGCUCGCGCCCGGGCUGCUGGCCGGCCUGCCCGCCCUCGACGCGCUGCGCCUGCGCGGCAACCCCUGGGCCUGCGGCUGCGCUCUGCGCCCGCUCUGCGCCUGGCUGCGCCGCCACCCGCGGCCCCCUGCAGAGGCCGAGACGCUGCUCUGCGUGUCGCCGGAGCGCCUGACGCUCAGCCCCCUGAGCGCCUUCUCCGACGCCGCCUUCCGCCGCUGCGCGCAGCCGCUCGCCCCGGGGGAGCUGGCCGUGGUCUACGCGCUCGGGCCCGCCUCCUUCCUCGCCAGCCUGGCCGCCUGCCUGGCGCUGGGCUCCGUGCUCACCGCCUGCCGUGCGCGCCGCCGCCGCCGCGCCGCCGCCCGCCGCCCGCCACGGAGACCGCCGGACCCCGACCCCGACGGCCCGGCCUCGGCCGCGGACCCCGGGAGCCCCGCCGCCGCCCACGCCCACGCCCACGCCUGA